AUGGCGAAGAUGACAAUUGAAAUCGUUGCCUUCGUGAUAUCCGUGGCUGGAUUUAUUUUGAUAUCCUCAACAUUGCCAACGGACUAUUGGAAAGUGUCUACCAUCGACGGUACAGUUAUCACCACUGCUACAUUUUGGGCCAAUCUCUGGAAAACCUGUGUGACAGAUUCCACUGGCGUCUCCAACUGCAAAGACUUCCCAUCCAUGCUGGCGCUCGAUGCUUAUAUCCAGGCCUGCAGAGGUCUCACGAUUGCUGCUAUUUGUCUGGGAUUUUUUGCUUGCAUAUUUUCACUGGUGGGGAUGAAGUGCACAAAAGUUGGAGGCUCAGAAAGCAUUAAAGGAAAAAUUACCUGUUUUGCAGGAAUGCUAUUCAUUCUUUCUGGUUUGUCAUCUGUAAUUGCUUUCUCGUGGUAUGCAAAUCGAAUUACUGCACAAUUCUUUGACCCUAUGAUAAUAGAGCAAAAAUAUGAAUUAGGAGCUGCUUUGUUUAUUGGCUGGGCCGGCUCUUCACUUUCUUUAUUGGGAGGUACCAUGUUUUGUUUCUCCUUAUCUGAUGGCAAAGAUUCUCCAAGGUUCCCACCUACUUGAAGAAGACUACUAAUCAUCCCAGUACUGAAGAAAAAUAAGAUAAUGUGCCUUAAUGACUACUACCCGGUAGCUCUGG